AUGCAGCUUGACCAUGGCGAUCGACGACCCUCUCAACGACUUCCUGUCAACCCUCGGCGCCACAAGGUAGCCCCAGAGCAUCGCAAACGAGUUGCGACAGCCCAAUGCGCCUCGACCGCCCGCGAUUGCGUUUACCCUACCGUCGUUGAGAAGGUUUCUGUUCCCCGAGCCGAGCUGGACGACCUGAGAAAGAAGGUCGAAGUCUACGAGAAGGCUCUACAUGAUGCAGUGGCGGAUCCAACGAGACGCCAGGAGCUUCUGCAUCACGCCGCCAGCCCCGAUUCCUCAUCACCAACCAGCCCCUUUGCGAGUACCGUCCAGUCUGCCGCCGGACUGGCAAACACAGUCCACAGCCAGCCAUCCGGAACCAACUCGAUCAAGACCGAGCCGGCAGACGACGACGCGGUGCUGAGUCCCGGACGUUUACUUCAAGAUGCCGACGGUAUGGGCAGAUAUAUGGGUGAGACUGCUGGUGCCACCUUUCUCGACCACCUCAAGGAAUUGAUGGGCGCGGCUCUUCCUACCUCGCCACAAGACAGACCGGCCCGAGUUGACCAGAACAGCUUCUUGUCAAGCUUGGGCAACUACACUGUCGAUGACCAGCGUCCACUCAACCACGCCGUGAACCCUCUAUGGCUGCCCCCUGACAGCACCAUCGGCGUCGUCUUAUCCGAACUGCGGCACUUCAUCCAGGAUGGUGGUGGCCAGUGGCCAAGUGGUGGCAUCUACUGGUGGGGAGACUUGGGCACAAUCCCCGUUCGAGCGCCAGUUUCACCCUCGCCAGACAUGGACUUGAGCGCAUAUCGUCAUUUGGCUUUUUAUCACGCUGCUCUCGCCGUGGCAUGCCAAAGCACCACAACCCAACCGCCGCCAAGCUCGGAUUCCCACCCAUCCCUGAGCGAGCCAUAUUACGCACGAGCUGCUAUGCUUCUGGGUAAUCCGCUUGAGAUCAAGCGUCGCACUAUUGGUGAUGUCGCUUCUCUUGCCAUGAUGAGUUUCUACCUUGUCGAGACAAAUCGACCAGAUGCGGCUUACAUGUAUGUCACUGCUGCUAUGCACAUUAGCAUCAUGCUCGGUGCCCAUCGAGGAUGGGUUGACGAGCGAGGCAAGAGGGUCUUUUGGUCAGUGUAUUGCCUUGACCGUUGGUUAAGCUGUCUCACCGGACGGCCUCCUACAAUCACAGACGAGGCCAUCCAAUUGCCACUGCCAGCAGACGAGGCACUGAUGCCUCCUGCCGCGGGGCUGAGGGCUCAUGUUGAGCUUUCUCGCAUCUCGGGACAUGUUGUUGGCAAUACUUACCGUGGAGCGAAGAUCGAGGCGGGGACACGUCAGCCGGAUAAUGCCAUAUGGAUGCUUGAACAAUGGCAAUCGGCUCUUCCACCAGCCUUACAACUUAUUAAAGGAUUGAGCAACGAUCCCGCAAGCUGCUUGUUGCAUAUGAGAUACAACCAACUUCUCGUCGUGGCUAUUCGACCCCUCUUCUUAUCCGCCGUCAAGCGAGCGGUCGCUGAUCGUCUGAUGGGCCAAACGACCACCAUGGAUAGCGUUCCUCAGAUUGAGAAUCUGAAGUGCUGUAUUUCCGCUGCAAUUCGUAAUAUGGCACUUGCGCGACACUUAUCAACGUUGAAUGGGCAACGCAAGACUCUGCAUGCAGGCUUGCACUUUAUCUUCCAUGCUGCUGUGUGUCUCAUUCUUCGACCCCUUGUUUUCAGAGAAGAAUCCUCACAAGAGGAGGCUAUUGCCGCCAUGAACGAUGUAGAUUAUGGCAUUAAAAAGAUGCUCGAGGCUGCCAGCAAGGGCAACACAGAUGGCCAGCGAUGUGCAGAAACCCUUCAAGAGCUCCGUUGCUUGGUUGGAAGACUUACGGCACCGUUGGGUCAGGAUCCCAUUCUCAGCACGAUUUCUUCCUCUGCUCCUACUAUAGCACCUCACCUUGUUUCUCAGGAGCUUCCGCCACCUCCUAUGCCCAUCGGAGACGAUCCAGUGUUAUACGACGAAUUAGUUACAUGGAUGGGUGACGACUGGCCGAUAUAUAACAGUUACGUGAAUGAGUAA